AUGGACAAUAUCAACAAUGCUCAUAAAGAGGGGGCUGUAAUCGGCCUCCGCGAGGUUGCAGGCGUAGGAGAACGCCUCGACAUCGACGUCAUGUUGAUGACGCAGCCGGACACCUUCAAUUUGUUUCUCAUCGCCUUGAUGGAGCUUCAGGACAUGAAGGAGAAGAACAAGGAGAUAACAUGGACACCUGACCCUGGCUAUUCCUUCACCUCGGAUGAUAUCAUGUCUUGGUACCAGAUUGCUGGUAUACAUGGCCUGCCAGCCGAAGAUUGGGCUGGAGAAAAGGAUCGUGGGAAGACAAAGCGUGAUAUCACGAGAGAUGGCGAUGGCUACUGUGCCCAUUCCACCCCAACCUUUGCGCUGUGGCAUCGACCUUACCUUGCCAUGCUUGAGCAAACUAUCUUUCGUCAGGUCGAUAACAUCGCCAAGCGAUUUUCUGAGUCUCCCGACGUGUCAGACGAAGAUAAGAAAAAAUACAAGGCUGCCGCUAAGAAGUUUCGACUUCCUUACUGGGACUAUUAUCGUCCCAGAGGGGGGCCGGUCACCUUCUCAGGAGUGAAGAGGGUUAUGGUCAAGCGUCUGCCCGACAACAAGCUCAUUGAGAUGCCUAACCCGUUUUUCCAAUUCGAAUUUGACAAGAGCGGCUCGGACAGAAUUGACUGGACGUUUUCUCAGCUCGAGCGAACAUGUCGUCACGGAGGUUCCGAACCGUACAAUACCAGCUUACUUAACACGAGGCUGAAUGAAGUUCGAGAAGAUCAGACGCGUGCCUGUCUUGCCAUGAUCGAGGACAAGGUCUACAGUAACUUCAAAGCAUUUUCGACUGACGCCAUCAUGGACCCUGACAUUGGUCCCACAAAAGCUUUGCGAAAGACCACCGGAUCGAUUGAGGGAUUUCAUAAUGCCUACCACGGGUACAUAGGUGGGUUUGCAGGAAACCCGAAGGAUAAGAUUACAGGUGGCCACAUGGGCAGUGUUCCUGUGGCCGGGUUUGAUCCGAUUUUCUGGAUUCAUCAUUGUCAAAUUGAUAGAAUAUUCGCUAUCUGGCAGGCUGCCAAUAUUGAUGAUGACGACAAGCAUUGGUUCAAUGAGUUGCCAGGUGCGGAAUUCCAAGCUUUGGGCGGCGCAAGCCUCCACCCAUUCCGCAAGUGGCCUAUCAAGCCGGCCAAGGAAGACAGGUAUUGGACUUCCGAUUCAGCCAAGCAUACCGAUACACUCGGAUACACCUAUGCUGAAACUGCCGGUGGAAAGAAAGGUGAUCAAGUUCGCAACGAGUUCACGAGGAAAUAUGGCUGGAGCCGAAGACUCCUUGCCAAUGAAGAGAUUGGGGUACCCCCGAAGGACAUGAUGCCUUUAGACGUUUCUAAAGCUCAAGUCUUCUUUGGCUUACCUUCUGAUGAUCUGUUCACGCCUCUGAUCCCGCCGCCAAUCCAGCCAAGGGCGGAGCAAAAGGUCCUGGCAGCAUCAACCUCAUCAACCCACUUCUCUCAAGAGUGGUACAUCGACGUCGUUGUCGAGAGGAUGGCUUUAAAUGGAUCUUACACCAUUUUCUAUAUUAUCGGUGAUGUUGACGGCCAUUCUGGUAUGGAAUGGUCUUCCCUCCCAGGCUUUGUCGGCAUUUCGCAUAUCUUCACCUCAAGCACCGAGGUUUGCGAGAACUGUUCAGACCAGGAGCGGCAAGCUCAGCUUGUUACUAGCACGACUCCCAUGACGUCGUUGUUACUCGACUAUGUCAAAAUUCGGCAGUUGGAUAGUCUGAGCCCAGAACAUGUUGAGCAAUUCCUCAUCGACAAGUUGAAGUGGCGUGUUCAGACUAUUGACGGCAAGAUCAUUGACCCUAGACGCUUGGAUAGAGAUUAUACGAUGAAGCUCGGAAUCAGCCGCAAGAUUGCACCCUUGCCCGGGCAGGACGGGGAGGUUCGGUACACUUUUCAUCCUGAGAUCAUCGACACCAUCAUCAAUAACUCCUCACCUGAAAGUACAACCUUGGCAGCUCAGUAG